AUAAAAAUUAUUUGUAUAAAUAUAUUUUUAUUAGGCUUUUCAAUGAAAGUAUCUGAAUAAUUGAGUAAAGAUCGAUUCAAUCUUUUCAGCAAUUAUUAGUUUAAUUAUAACACCUAUCGGAAUUCUGCGUAACUAUAUUUUUCAGCAAAACAUUCAAAAUGAAAUUGUCCCAAAUUCGGACCUUGAAUGCUUGGAGUGCUGCAAUAACCAAACCUCAUAGAUAUACUUACACUAGAACAUAUCCCACAACCCUUGUAAAUCCCGAUGGGUCUUCUUAUACUAUUAGAUAUUAUGAACCUCGACAAAUCAUAACGUUACCUCUCAACAUAUGGACUUUGAGUGAAGCUGAGAGAAAAGCUAAAUUAGAAAUGAGGAAGCCGAAGAGUCGUGUGAAAUACCAAGAUGAUUUGGAUGAUUCUUAUGAUGCUAGUAAAUAUCUGAAAUAUGUGCAGAAAAAGAAAUAAUAGAGUUAUAAUCAAAAUGUAGUGUUAUUUUCAAUAGUUAUAAUAAAAGCUGUAAGGUCUUUUA